AUGGAAUUCAGACUACCUUCGAUCUUUUCUAGUCCAGAUCCUUCCCGUCUUUGGCGUCAAGAUAUGGGAUCGCUCGAUGCCCCCGCUUUAUCCGCAGCAUCAACCCCGAUCAUGCGUGAGGCAGGGCACACACCGGGGAUCAUGCUUGAUACACCUCUUGUUUUCAAUCCUGGUCCGUCCCCACUAAGAGUGAAACCAUUGGAUGUUCUGCAGCUGAUCCCAACAGUGCCUAGUUAUAGUAUGCCCUUCAACUUCAGCAUUCCUCCAGCAUUCCCCCUAAGUGACGAUCUUGAGGGUCUUGAUGAUUAUUCAUUUUGGCAGGACCCUUGGAAGCCCACAAAUUCACUGCAUCUGACGCCUCCAAACCCUGACAAGCCUGAACCUGAACUCACUGCUGAAGAAGUCCCUCCCCUUGGUGCAUACCUGGCUGACCUCACUGAGGACGUUCCGGCCGUCAAACCUCGCAAACGACCCGGACGGCCGCCUAAACGCAAAAACGGUGUUUCGAAAUCACCCGUUAAGCGGAGCAAGAACCUCGCCAAAAAGAUCCAAGCCAGAUCCGAAGUAAUUGCUCCAACGCCGCCCGUAAAAGCUGAGCGAACAACUCGGCACCCAGAUUUAGUGGUUUCGACCCCUCCCGCAACAAUUAGCCGCAGCCGAGCUGUGCCUGGCUGUUGGACUUGCAAAGUCCGUCGCAAGCUUUGUGACAGAGCGAAGCCCAGCUGCCAGGUCUGCGCUCAUUUAGGUCUUGACUGUGAUGGCUACUCGCCUACCAAGCCUAUUUACAUGUCCGAUCCAGCAGCAAACCGAGCACGUCGCGAACUGCUGGCAGAACGUGUGCGUCUCUACCGUGAAAAAGAAGGUCUGAUCUUACCUUUCAACAAGUCAAAAAAGUAA